AAUAAUAGGUGCGUUCGGCAUUGUAAAUCGGAGACGUCGGAUUGCUCUUUUAUCUCGAAAAUCGUUCGGCAAUUCAUAUUUUUCUGCUCUGUAUCAUCCCAUCUGUGUUCGAUAUUAGCAUUUUUAUAGCAAAUCAAGCUCCUCAAUUUGCUCUGGAUUCAAAGGUCGAGCUCACAGAGAAAUGUUCGUUUGCCCGCGAAAAUUAUAAAUUACCGAUUUCAACAUAACCUACUUAUUAAUUGGCUGCUUUAGAAAUUUGUAGUGUGACGUUCACCGUACGAGUAUUAAGCUACGUUUUAUUUUUCGCUUUCUAAUGAUCAAAAUGUUUGUAGUAAACAACGAACUUCGCGAAAUAGUGCAAAUUGGUGACAAAUAUUUCUAUAAAAAAAAUGAUGAUACUUAUGAAUCUAUACAAUUAUCAGAGGGAGAAAAUAAAAGAAAUUUUGUAGAACAACGUGAAGAUGAAGUUCAAAAACAUGAGAAGAAAAUUUGGACAAAUGAGUCUAUUUUGAGAUUAAUAAAUCUAGUUGAAGAAUUUGAAGAACAAUUUCAAAAUUCAAUAAAAAAACAUAUUUGGAUGAAAAUCUCCAAAAUUUUGACCAUUGAUUUGGAUACUUCAAUUACAUGGCAGCAAUGUGACACCAAAUAG